AGGAGAGCAACGAAUCCCCUUCUAUAACGCAGAAAGGUUCGGCCCAGUCGAGGAAAAAAUGGAGGAACCUGCCACGCCCCCAGCCGCAGCCAGCCAACCAGAGCCCGCGGCGAGUCAACCAGCAGCGGAUGGACGUCCCAAAAUGGAGUACGAGCCGGAGGUCGGCGAUGCCAUCGCCAUGUUCAGGAACUUCGACCUAUACACGAACGUCCACGCUCGGAACCAGCCAGCCCCCAAACCGCAGCAGGACAACCCCGAGUCGAAUCCAGGAACGAGUACGAACGAGCGGAAAGCCCAUGAACCAGCUAAGUUCGUCUCCACCAUUUUUAAACCCCCAGUCCCCGAACGACCCAACGACGAAUCCAGCGACGAAGGAAAGGAGAAUUGCCCAACAGCCAUCCUGAUCAACCUGGAAGAAGAAGAUAGCCCGCCAUCAACCCUUAGCCCACCCCCAGCCCCAUUAGUGCAAAAUUCGAACAACGAAUUCUACGAACUUUUAAAAGACAUCUCGUUUUCAAGCCCUGAAGGUUCUUUCCCCGUGACCCCAGCGGAAUCAUUCGCUGAAGAAGUAUCUAGGUUAAGUAAUAUUGAAAUAAGUGAAGUAGAGACAGAAAAUGAUAACAUUUAUACCUCUGACAGUAUUAGCGAAUUUAACGAGUUUAAUGAAAAUAUAGCGCCGGUAAAUUUAGAAGAUAUUUUAAGUUAUACAGAUUCAGACGAAAGUGACGAACCUAACGGAAAUAUAGUCUUAAAUUUAGAAGAUAGAUUAGGAUAUUCAGAUUCAGACGAGGAAGAAGACGUUUAUUAUGUAUUUAAUAGGUCAAAUAGCGUAAACUCUAGUUAUUAUAGUAGCGACGAUGAUUUAAUUUAUAGCGAGGAUGAAUUUUUACUCGGGGAACCGCCCGACCCUUUGUCUCCGUCCAUUCCGUUAAAUUCAUAUUAUCAUGUAAAGGAGCAUCCUCCUGAGUAUUAAAAAUUCAAAUUCUGAUNGAAAAAUAUUAUAUAACCAGGCUACGAAAAAGGUAUACGACUUAGUAAAUUAGUUAUAGUAAAUUCAGAAAAUCUCAAAAAUCCAAAAACAAAAUUAAAAACAAAAACAAAAAUAAAAUAAUUUAGUAGUUAUCUAGAAUUUUUCGAUAUUAGUUAAUCGCGAGCGUUUUUCCCAGCCCACCCUCCCUCGAGAUCAACAUCGAACAUUGCCCAGAAACCCCACUUGAAGAACAGCGAUGAAAGACUGUGAGCCCCUUAAAAACCCCAAGCCCCAAAGUGAUCUCAAAACUUUAGAAGUGCGCGAACAGACACGAAUAAACAGUGCGUGAAGUGCUUCGAAUCGUUGCGUUAUCAACGUAAAAAACUGACAUGUGCGUGAAAAAUGAAUCGAACAUUGUAAAGACGCUAAAAUUUUGUGUGCGAGUGUCGAGGAAUUUUUCAGUACCCUCAAAAUUCCCAUUGUAAGGGGGGAGGUGUGACGACCUGCGGUCAUCUUGAAUUAGGUUAGUUUAUUAAUUAUUGUUUAUAUUAUAAUUUAUGAUUUAUUAAUAUCCUAUGUAUGGUUAGAUUUAAACAUCAUCGUCGCUGUAGAAGUAAGUUCCGCAUAAUAAGUUUCCGUUUAAAAUAUUCAGAUAUUCCAGAGCAUAUUUUUUAGAAAAGUAGAUUUCAAUUAAUUUAAAUGCACGUGGCUAUUUAUCCAAGUAUAAAUUCAAAUUCUAUACAUAUUUAAAUGUUCAGUUCUCUCUCCUCGGGCCCUGCGGAUUUCUCAAGCGUGAAUCCAUCUUAGGAAUGGAAAAUAUUCAUGCAUUCUUCGAAAUAAAUUAAAGUAUAAUUCUCAAAACGCCUGAUUUCCACGAGCGGAACAUCCGAUGACGCUCGGGUUGCGCUUUCCGUGGUUCAGGUAGUUCCGCGACGCAGGCAACCCCCACUACGCGACCGUACCGCGUAGCGAGAGAGGACUAGUUGACUCAGAAUCCAACAGGCGGCGCACGCAUCGCCCCACCAGGCUCGAGCCACCAGUCGCUCGCUAGCCUCUGCAACGUACAGAGUAGUCCCCACUCUAGGCACUACUCCCACCUCCGGGAAAAAUUGUAUAAAAAGCCACGGAGUCACUCAUUAGCAUCGCAUUCUAAUUCCAAUUCUCGUCGACCUCUGACCUACGGCUAGGUCACGUCACUCUGACUCGCGCAAGGAGUCACUUCGAAUUAUUUUCCUAAGCUCUGGCAUAUUCUGAACUUAGAAUUAUUUCAAUUUCCGCGUAUAAGAACUUAGAAUUAUUUCCAUUUCUCUAAUUCGAACUUAGAAAUAUUUUCAAUCUUAGCUAUUCGUACUUAGAAUUAUUUUCGAUUUCAAUACUUAAACUAUUCUUGAUUUAUCCAUUAGACACUUAGAAUUAUUUUGUAUUUGCGAGAUAUUUUUGUAAACUUCAGUCAAUAUAUAUAGAGUUGACUUUGAAUUAUUCUGAUUUUAUUCCUUUGCUAAUCCAAUAUUCCAAAUACGUUCUCAUUUAAUUAAUGUUAAUAAAUCGCGUUAGUUUCCAAAUAGAAUAAAGCGAAGUUCAAGAGUUAGAAUCACGCUUGUCAUAUUAAGUUCACGGAGGCCAAAUACGAGUUUGAGAUUCUCGGCUCGCUUCAUCCAAUUAAAACCUUCAACCUAAAAUCGCAGUGGUGUCUGGACGCGCCGCACGCUGUCGAUCUCCUUCAAUUCUCACAUAAACCUGAAGUGGUGUCUGGACGCGCCGCACACUUCGUUCCUAUACCCUACAAGGACUCUGGUGUCUGGACGCGCCGCACAUUGUCCUUUCCUGUGUUACCUGAGGAUCAUAAACACGGGUCUACGCGUAACUGUACUCAGUUUUCAGUUUUGCUUAACCGUUUGGGUUUUAGUUCAGUGUCCCUUAUUCUAUUUCAUUUACCCGUUUAUCCGAAA